AUGGUUGAGCGAGUCACCUGUCCGUUUGGAUGCGGCUAUCGUUGCGACAACGAGUAUUCCGCCCAGCUACACAUAGAAGAGCAUCAUACGGAGAAUUCGCCUUUCAUUGCCCGUGGGAAUUACGGACCGGCCACAAACAGCGGCGGCGAUGGACCAUCCAAAGCUCGCAGUGCCGCCAGCCAGGAGUCCAUGCCGGACGAUAGCUGGACGCGCUGCACACGACCUGGUUGUGGUGAACAUGUUCUUCUUUCCGAGAUCGAUGAACAUCUCGAUCUCCACACCGCGGCAGCGCUAUCCGAGCAGGAAGCCCAGAAAGCGCCGCCAUUGCCUCCUCGGCGGAAGAGGUCGAGGAGUCCGGCACGACCCCAAUCUAGCAGGGAUCUGGCGGUUCGGAGUCCUCGAAAGCUGGAGAAGCAUCACGCGGGCAGUAUCUUGAGCCUGGUCUCCGGAACCUCGACUCGUACGCGCACCACAGUCCGCAGACUCAAAGAGCCUCAUAAGACGGGCAGACUUGGCAAAAACGAGCUGGGUCCCUACGCUUUCGAAGAACGCAUGCCAGACGAUGUACGCCGCUUUCUGAUGCGCGCCGCUCGGCCAACCUACGUCCAGCGUAUUGGUGCGGAUGGCAGGUUAGUGCAAAAGGCAUACGUCGAGAAUGAGACUGUCGGUGUUGUGGACGUCCUUUCGGAUCUUUGCGCUCUGGACAAAGCAAACGCCGCGACGUAUCUGUGCCACCCAAAGGUCCGUCACAUCCGUAAGCUGAAUUGCACGGGAAACUUUUGCGGCUACUGGAGCAUUCAGACUGUUUUGACGUACGUGCAGUACAUCAAGCCUCGAGGACCUCAGACGCUGCCCAACGUCAUCGAAAUGCAGGAAUUGAUUGAAGCGGCUUGGGAGUGGGGAGUCUGUUCUUAUAGCAGGACUGAAACCGGCGGCAUCAAGAACACCAGGAAGUGGAUCGGUACCCAGGAAUGCGUUGCCUUCUUCUCCGCGGUCGGUGUCCAGAAUGAGGCGCUCUGUUUCGGUGGCGGAGAAGAGGACCAUGCCGCCGAAGAGCUGCUUGAUUACGUCGAAGCGUACUUCAUGGGCGCUAUUGACGUCGCACAUAAACACGGAACCUCGCAUAUCACCCAGCUGUCACCCAUCUAUUUCCAGCGACGAGGGCACUCGAUGACGAUUGUCGGGCUGGAGAGACGCGUAGAUGGUUCGAGAAAUCUGCUGGUCUUCGAUUCAUCGUUCGAAACUUCAAACCCGAUGAAACGACUCGUGGAAGGCCGAAGAGCGCACGCCAUGGUUGAGGACAUCUUGAAACCGUACAGACGUUCGGACUCGCAACUGUCGGAUUUCAAGGCAUUUGAAAUCGUCUUGUAAGUGGUCUUCGAGCCCUGCACCAACUCCCGUGGAUGCUAAUAAUUGCUUGCAGCCCCGUGGAAAGCGGAGUUUCAUGA